AUGAAUUUAGAUUCCAUCCAUCGGUUAAUUGAAGAAACACAAAUCUUCCAGAUGCAGCAGUCAUCAGUAAAACCACCUUGUGACAUCGUAGCACCUGAUUCCUCCCCCAGGGACACUUGUCAUUCCUGUUUGCCACUUCAGGGGCUGCAAUCACAUGCUGCUCACAACUUCUGUGCACACUCGUGCAAUACCAGUGAAUGGAAUAUUUGUGAAGAGCUUCGCCUGCGGGAGCUUGAAGAAGUCAAGGCCAGAGCUGCCCAGAUGGAGAAGACCAUGCGGUGGUGGUCAGACUGCACUGCUAAUUGGAGAGAAAAGUGGAGCAAAGUUCGGGCUGAAAGGAACAGUGCCAGGGAGGAAGGAAGACAGCUCAGAAUAAAAUUAGAGAUGACAAUGAAAGAAUUGACCGAAUUGAAAAAGAAACAGAGUUUGCCACACCAAAAGGUGUUAGAAACUACCCAGGACCUGAAGCAUCCUAGUUUCAUGGAAGUGUCCUCUGCACAAGGAGACCAAUUUCAAAUUGCUUCACAAACAUGUAAGUCUAUCAGAGAGUGUCUGGUGAAAAGAGAAUUUCCUACAAAAGACAACACAUAUAGUAAGGAAGAAGAUUUGAUUAUUGACCAGUUAAGGUUAAAUGAGAUGAAACUUAAUCUUAACAGCCCUGAUUCAUUCAAGAAUGGUGGUACUGAAAACUGUACACUGAAAUCUGCAUUAAGACUGCAAGCAAUAAACCUACCUUUGGAGAAUGAAGUGUCUGAAAUUUCAGCUUUGCAAGUGCAUCUGGAUGACUUCCAAAAAAUUUUAUGGAAAGAAAGAGAAAUGCGUUCAUCUUUGGAAAAAGAAAUAGAGCGACUGGAGUCAGCUUUGUCUGUGUGGAAAUGGAAGUAUGAAGAACUGAAAGAAUCAAAGCCAAAAAAUCUGAAAGAGUUUAACUAUAUUCCCAUUCAACAUGAAAAUGAAAUGGAAGAAAUAUCAGGAGAUAUAAAAGAAGAAUCAAAAUCCCCAAACAACAAAGAUAGACUGAUCUACCAGUUAAGAACUGAGCUAGAGAGAUUGCAGGCUGAAAAUAUCUCAGAGUGGGACAAGAGGGAAAUGCUUGAAACAGAAAAACAAGGACUGGAAAAAGAAAAUAGAAGGCUAAAGGCCCAGGUGAAAGAAAUGGAAGAGCUCCUGGAUAGGAAAACUAGAUUAAGUUCAAACUCUCAAGGUCCGGAUUUCAAGACGUCACAAAUUGAACUGCAGGGGAAAAGCAAGGAAUUGUUGGGCUUUCAACAUGCCCACUAUAAACAAAGCAGACAAUACCAGGCAAAUAGUAGCAGGCUGACACAUGCAAACAACUAUGUGGAUCAAAACAAAGCUCAAGUAAAGAACAGACUUCCAGUAGAAGAACUCAAACAGGAACUCGGCCAAAAGGAAGAGGAGGUGCUUUAUACAUGA